UUGGCAGAGAGAUGGGAGGAUUUGAUUGAACAAGUGCGACAAUUCAAGGGAUUCGAAACAUUCCUCGAAGCCCCACGGUGCCGCUCUCUGCACCAGGCGGCUCGAGAUGGACCGAUUGUGGUUAUCAACGUCAGCGAAUAUCGGACAGACGCUUUAAUUGUCACAGGCCCUGGACAAAUCCGAUGUAUUCCAUUAAAGGGCCUCUCUGACAAGGUCAUUAGCGGUCUGGCGUACACCUGGCAUCAGGCUCUCAAAUGCACCAAAGAUCGCGAAGGCUCCAUCUACAUGAAUCGGGUACUUCAAAGCAUCAGCCGUCGUCUGUGGGAUGGCGGAUUCUCGCAAAUUGCAGCAGCUUUGCAGGAAAUUCGUGACUCCCGUCACUCCAGGAGCGCUUUUAGAGUCUGGCUGAUGCCCACGGGAAUGCUCAGCCUUCUGCCGAUACAUUGCGCUGGACCAUGCCAAUCAGAUCAGCUUGGCAUGUACGAUUUUGUCACCUCAUACACCGGGACGUUAUCAUGCCUUAUUCUCUCAAGGAGCGGUGGCGGUUGUACUUCUUCGUCCGCUGGGGAUGGGACCCGUCACCGAUUGCUUGCUGUGGCACAACCGAAAGUUGAUAACUUUCCUGUUUUGCAGGGCGCGGAGCGAGAGAUCGACGCUUUGCUUGAUUCGCCUUUCUCAGAGAACAUGACCUAUCUCUCGGAAGCCGAAGCAACAGUGUCACGGUUUGCUGAAGAACUCCCUCAACACGAAUGGCUUCACUGUUGCUCACAUGCGACCUGGAACUCUACGAAUCCGCUGGACAGUGCCUUCUGCUUGAAGGACGGAAAGCUCACCCUCUCGUGCAUCGUUCGCCUACGCAUGUGGAAUGCCCAAUUUGCGUUCCUUUCUGCUUGCCAUACGGCUCGACAGACUUCGCUGUUACCAGAUGAGUCGAUGCAUCUCACAGCCGGAAUGCAAGUUUCCGGGUUCCGCAGCCUUGUGGCAACGCAAUGGGCGAUGGCGGACCAGGACGGGCCAGUUCUGACUCGCAUGUUUUAUGAUUACCUGAUGAAAGAUGGAAGGGCGCCAGAUGUCCGCAAUACGGCUGAAUCUUUGCACCUUGCUCUCCGACAGUUUCGAUUAAGAAACAUCCCGAUGUACCGCUGGGCGCUGUUCGUUCAUGCAGGAGUGUAA